CACGAUUUCAGUCGAUGAAUGCGAUCUCGCGCGUCCGAUUGUGUAUCGAGACAUGAUGAAGCGGACAUUAUGUAUGGGGAUAUGUGCCGUAGCCCUGCUGUAUACGUCAAGCGCGGCACAGCAUGUCGAUGAGCGUCGCGCAGCUCCCGUGGCCCCCGACGGCUACGCCCCAGCGUCGGUGCCAUGUCCAAGCCCUCGUCCGACCAUCCGCCAUGCUUCAGGGUUGUCGGACGAGGAAAAGGCAUGGCUGCCGCUUCGUGACAAUGAGACUGCGCCUGCCCUUCGGUCUCUGCUCGGGCGACUCAACAUCAGCGGCUUCGACGCCACGACGUACAUCAAUUCAAUCGUUGAUGACAUAAAGGCAGGGAAAGACAAGGCGUUGCUGCCCCGAGUCGCUGUGGCUGUUUCGGGCGGUGGCUACCGGGCACUCAUGAAUGGUGCCGGAGCCCUCGCCGCGUUUGACAACCGAACCGCCAAUUCGACAGGGCAAGGGCAGCUCGGUGGUCUGCUGCAGGCGUCGACGUACCUGAGCGGACUCUCCGGGGGAAGCUGGCUCGUCGGCAGCUUAUAUGUUCAGAAUUUCACCACUGUAGAGUCCAUUGUCUCAUCUACGAGCGGCUUCUUGAGCACGCUCUGGCAGUUUGACAACUCCAUCAUCAACGGACCCGCUGGCCUCCGCCCUGGGCAAUACUAUAAUGCUCUCUAUCAAUCGGUAAAUGACAAGAUCGAUGCCGGAUUCAAUACCACGAUCACCGACUACUGGGGUAGAGCUCUAUCGUAUCAGUUAGUAAAUGCCACCGACGGUGGACCAGCAUAUACAUUCUCGUCGAUAGCGAACGACACCGACUUCUCCCGCGCGCUCGCGCCACUGCCUCUCAUUGUCGCGCUCGAGAGGGCCCCCGGCCAGCUUCAAGUGCCCGCAAACGCGACCGUGUUCGAGUUCAACCCUUGGGAGAUGGGCUCAUACGACGCGGGCGCGGCGGCAUUUGCACCUUUGAAGUAUGUCGCAAGUAAUUUCAGCAACGGAGCAAUCCCACGACAGGGCGAGUGUAUCGCCGGACUGGACAACGCCGGCUUCGUCAUGGGGACCUCUUCAUCUCUCUUCAACCAGGCUUUUCUGCAGAUAGGAAAGGCAUCCGGGGUUCCCGACGUGCUGACCCGAGUUCUCAACCGCACGCUGGCCGGCGUCGGUGAGGAUAACGAAGAUAUUGCCAGCUGGCCGAACCCUUUCCUCGGCUUCAAUGCUAGGGACAACAUCAACGCCGAUGCUCGCCUUCUGACAUUAGUCGAUGGGGGAGAGGCACUCGAGAACAUUCCAUUGCAUCCGCUCCUUCUGCGAGAGCGUCAUGUCGACACGAUUCUGGCCGUCGACGGCUCUGCUGACACCAUGACUUACUGGCCGAACGGGACGGCAAUGGUAGCCACGUUCAACAAGUCCAUCAGUGGCUCUUCUCCCAACACCAGCAGCGCCUUUCCACCAGUUCCGGACCAGAAUACGUUCGUCAACCUCGGUUUGAACUCGCGCCCCACGUUUUUCGGGUGUGGCAAUACGUCGACACCUCUGAUCGUGUACCUGCCGAACACGCCUUAUACUACAUUGUCCAAUGUGUCAACUUUCGACCUGUCGUACAAUGACUCGCAACGAGACCAAAUCGUGCAAAACGGCUACAAUGUCGCCACCAUGGGUAACGGUACAAUCGACCCGGAUUGGCCCCAGUGUGUGGCGUGUGCGAUACUGUCGCGUAGUUUUGCGCGCACCGGCACGGAAGUGCCCGUAAAGUGUGUCGACUGUUUUACCAAGCAUUGCUGGAACGGAACAACUAACUCUACGGAACCGUCGCUAUUCCAACCACAGCAGGUUAUCGUAGCCGGCGGUGGGGCGAAGGCAAUGCAGCCCAGCGUCCUAGCUAUGCCAGCUCUCAUCUUUUUCAUCACAGCUCUCAUGCUUAUCUAGGACUAUAUAUACCUAGC